UAGUGGGUGUUAGAGAAAAGGUGGGAGUAGGGUUUCUUUUUGAUAAUACAACAUUUGAUUUUUAUUCUUCUUCUCCUUCAUUCAUCCUCAUCAUCAAUAAUUAGUGGUAAUUGAAAUCCUAAUUCUAAUUUUAAUAACCAAAUUCAAUUAUCAUUGGGUUAUGGAGUCUGGAUUCAGGAGUAAUCGCCCUCAAUUGCUUAGAGAUACUGGUAGGAAGCAGGCAUCCUCAUCAUCAGUUAUAGUGAUAGGUGGUGGUAUUGCGGGACUUGCAGCAGCUCGUGCUCUUCAGGAUGCUUCAUUUCAGGUUGUUUUGUUGGAAUCUCGUGACAGAAUUGGUGGUAGGGUGCAUACAGAUUUCUCAUUUGGUUUUCCUGUUGACCUUGGUGCAUCAUGGUUGCAUGGUGUCUGCAAGGAGAAUCCUUUGGCCCCAUUGAUUGGGAGGCUAGAACUACCCUUAUACCGAACGAGUGAUGGUAAUUCAGUGUUGUAUGAACAUGAUCUUGAAAGCUAUGCACUCUUUGAUAAGGAUGGGAACCAGGUUCCUCAAGAAUUGGUCACUAAGGUUGGCGAAACAUUUGAAAGCAUCUUAAAAGAGACAGAGAAAAUAAGACUCGAGCAAAAUGAAGACAUGUCCAUACUUAGUGCUUUCUCAAUCGUUUUUGAACGAAGACCAGAAUUAAGGUUGGAAGGGCUCGCACAUAAAGUUCUUCAAUGGUACUUAUGUAGAAUGGAAAGCUGGUUUGCUGCAGAUGCUGAUACCAUAUCCCUUAAGAGUUGGGAUCAGGAAGAACUACUUCCUGGUGGGCAUGGGCUUAUGGUGAGAGGCUACCUUCCUAUCGUGAACACUCUUUCCCAAGGACUUGAUAUCCGCUUAGGGCAUAGGGUAAAAAUAAUCUUUAGGCAUUAUAACGGUGUGAAGGUAACUACUGAAAAUGGAAGGACAUUCGAAGCAGAUGCUGCUAUUGUUGCUGUUCCUCUUGGAGUGCUGAAAUCCAACACCAUAGUUUUCGAGCCUAAACUUCCAGAUUGGAAGGAAGAAGCCAUUACUGAAAUGGGUGUGGGAAUCGAGAAUAAGAUUGCAAUGCACUUUGACAAGGUGUUUUGGCCAAAUGUAGAGUUCUUGGGAGUGGUUGGAGAGACAUCUUAUGGCUGUAGCUACUUCUUGAAUCUUUACAAGGCGACUGGUCAUCCUGUUCUUGUUUAUAUGCCUGCUGGACAGCUGGCCAAAGAUAUUGAGAGAAUGUCUGAUGAAGCUGCUGCUAAUUUUGCAUUCAUGCAACUUAAGAAUAUCCUACCUGAAGCAUAUGCUCCGAUUCAAUAUCUUAUUACUCGGUGGGGCUCAGAUAUCAACUCACUUGGUUCCUAUAGUUAUGAUACAGUAGGAAAAUCCCAUGAUCUGUAUGAAAGGCUAAGGAUCCCAGUUGAUAACCUAUUCUUUGCAGGAGAGGCAACAAGCAUGAGCAACCCAGCGUCAGUGCAUGGUGCAUUUGCUACUGGACUUAUGGCUGCAGAAAAUUGCAGGAUGCGUGUUCUCGAGCGCUAUGAGGAGUUGGAUUUAUUCCAGCCAGUCACAGGUGAUGAGGCAUCAACAUCUGUACCCCUUUUGAUCACUCGAAUGUAACUUGCUAGGGUGGGUGUCUCUAUUAUAAGGUAACAUUAAGUAUGCAGAUUAUAUUAAUAUGAGAUUUGUGUUGACAUGUUAUUGCCAUUUUGGUGGGGCAAUCAAGAUAACCCUAUGAAAAUCAUUGUUUCCUUAAGGUUAAUCAAUGGACAUUGUUUAA